GGAGGCAGAUCGCGCGCUGAUUGGUUACCGGGUACGGUGCCAGAGGUCCGCUACAACAGAUGGGGUUCUCCUCUCGUCGCGCGGACGCCACGCAUGCAAGCCCCGGUGCGUGCAUACACCGAUUGUUUCCGAUGCGCGGAUAAGGCGAACCGAGCAGGGAACGAGCAGACUGGGCGACGCACGGUUAACAACUAUCCCACCCGAAACCCAGCGUGGCAGAGAAGAACUAAGCCCAGUUGAUCGUUCGUAAACAAUAACAACUAAAGCCCGAAGAGGUCCUGAAAAUUACCAGACUAUCUAGCAGCUCCGUCCAAAGGACACAGUAGCUUCACUAGCUCCAGUCGGGCCGUCUUCAGGUAAACUCCUCUGACUGGACCCUGAGGACUAACAUAUUGUGUGUUUGUGCUGCUAGCGGAUCGCUCUCUCUUUCCUGGCCUACCAGGAUCAUACAGAUCUUAGCACGACAGAUGGUGGAGGAGAGAAGAGGAGGAAAAGAGGAAGAGAGAGAUUGUUUAGAGAUUGUGUGCUCCAUCUCACACUGACAGAUUGGCUGGCUAAAAGAUGCAUCUAACUAGCUAGCUAACCAUCGGUGAACACUAUUGACUCCUCUCAUGCUGACUGAAAAUGGAUAACAUGCAGGAUGGGGUUCAGAUCGGAGACAACAAGUUCAUCAGCAAGGCAACAGUCCUGUCCCACCUCAAAACCUACAACCUCUAUUAUGAAGGACAUAACUUGCAGUUGAGACACAGAGAGGAGGAAGGGGAGCUGAUCGUGGAGGGUUUGCUGAAUAUCUCCUGGGGCCUGCGUCGACCUAUCAGAUUGCAGAUGCAGGACGAUCACGAGCGAAUCAGACCUCCUCUCUCUACAUCCUGGCACUCCGGCUGUGCCAUGGAUAAUCAGAGCAAUGAAGGUGCCCAGCAGAGCCCGCCCACCAUAGAAGUGACAGAGCACGAGAGCCAAUCAGAGGACAGCAUUGUGAAGGCGGAUGAGGAAGAAGAGGAAUAUGAGCGCUCCGCCCAGCUGCUGAGGACGAAGAGCGAUGCCGGGUUUCUGAGGAGGGGCCAGCGCCGGUCGUCUAGUGACCAGAGGAGGAUACGACGACGCCGCUUCUCCAUCAAUGGACAUUUCUACAAUCACAGGACUGCAGUCUUCACCCCAGCGUAUGGUUCAGUGACUAACGUGCGGAUCAACAGUUGUAUGACCACGCCCCAGGUGCUACGAGUGCUACUUAACAAGUUCAAGAUUGAGAAUAGCCCAGAUGACUUUGCACUGUACCUUGUACACACCAGCGGGGAGCGCGUAAAGCUGAAGCGCAGUGACUACCCCCUGGUGCUGCGUGUGCUUCAGGGUCCGUGUGAACAGGUCAGCAGAAUCUUCCUAAUGGAGCAGGACCUGGGAGAGGAAGUCACCUAUAAUGUGGCGCAGUAUAUUAAGUUUGAGAUGCCGGUGCUGCAGAGUUUCAUCACCAAGCUGAAGGAGGAAGAGGACCGGGAGGUGCAGAAACUCAGGAGCAGGUAUACAUUUCUGCGGUGUAUCAUUGAGAAGCAGAUGCGUUGUCUUCCUGAGGAGACUACCUGUAUGUGAUCUGGUCUAGGGAGGGACCACCAGAUCUUCCCCAAAUCUCCCUAAACUCCUUAGCUACCCCUCCCAAUCCCAGACUCCGUCCCAAGCACCAAACAGGAGUGACCAAGAACCACCCAGAGGAGAGGCAUCCAUUCCAACCUCGCUUUAAUCUCUUCCAAGACCUCCAUAGGGACAGUGUAAUCAUUGUGUGCGCUGCAUUGUGGUACCUUCCUCUGUUGAGGUUAGGGUCAUUUUGAAACAUGAUGUCUGCUCUUUCCGUCCAUACCAUGAACAAACAGUACAUAUCCUCCUUGCUGUCCCAAUCCCUCUCUGACAUACCUGCCUCUCUGUCGUGCUAUCUGCAUAUUAACUGUACCAAUAUCAGCAAUAAUAAUGGUUUAUAAUGAAGGUAAAGGUUGGCACGUUUCUCUUGUGGGUCUGUAUGGGGCAUUGAGCCUGCCCUAUGUCCUAUACCACUCAGAUGCAAAAUAAUCUAAAGCACAUCUACAUCUCUCAGUGUGCAAAACCAGCUUUCUUAGUUCUAUUGAGUUAGAGAUAUAGUUCUCUCACUUUCCCUCUCCUGUUCUCUCUACCUCUCUCUCCUUACAUAUUUUUAUUUUUGACCAAAGCCCUAUUUUGCCACCUGCAGAUAACUAGUUGUGUCUCCCUCUCCAAACCAGAACCUGCCUUAGACUCAGUGUCAUCCCACACUAGAUGAGUUUCUCACCCACCCAGUCAGUCAGUGGGAGGGGUUGAAUGACUCCUGUCCUGUGACAGUAUGUGAUGUUGAAACAUGCCUGUCACACCAGUGUGGUACAGUACUAUCUUAAUGAUCAGCUCUACAGAGGCUGUAACUGUAAUGUAACUUCAGGAUUGUUCUUGCCACAGUUCAUCUAAAACUGUCUCCUAACCUGUUCUAGUGGAAUGUAAAAAAUGUGGAUUUCUGUUACCUGUGUGUUAUAAUACUUGCCUUGUAUAUAUUGAUCUGUGUGACUGUGUGCAUGUGUAUGACUUUAUACAGUACUUUGAGAUGUGGUACAACAAUUCUGUUACACCUAUAUCUACCCUCAGCUUUUAAAAGGUUGCUGUAUAUUGUGUGUGAGCGUGUGUGUGUGCUUGUGUGCAUGUAUGGUUGUCCUUUCAAUUUCUAUGGCUCUUUCAAGACUGACAUUAUCAAGACUGAUACAGUAUUUUAGCUGUUUUAAUGUUGCAUUCUGACUUUCUGACUGAGUGCUCCUUUGGGGAAACUCUCUUCAAAGACACAUGCCACUAUUUGGAAAUGUAGUUUUUUACAAUAAUGAUUAUUUGGUCUGUACUGAGUCUAGCCUUUUUGGGACAGUGGGUAGAAACCAUGUUAUCUUGGUUGUAUAAUACUUGUUAAAUCAAAGCUGUAUGAUAUUACUCUGGAGUAUUGCUGUCUGUUUUGGUAGAUUAGGAGACUUACAUUAACGGCAGGCUAAACACACACACACAGGUCGUUUGAGUUUCUACUCCGUUGGUGGGUUAGGGGCUGAGACACACACACACACAGGUUAUCUUUGGCUAAGUGUACAGAUAGGUUUGCAGUUAUUCCUGUGUUGGUGGGGCAGGGGCUUACCAUAACACUACAGUGUUAGCAGGGAUGAGCAUCAUUGUUUAUCCUGCUCAGCCAAUGAGGAGGUCAGAGAUAGAUCCCCUCUCUACCUGGCUGAGACCAUUUGGAGGUUGAAGAGACCCGUCCCACACACUCUCUCUCCCAGACAGACAGGAAUCGCUGACGAUCACACACACAAAGGAGAGAGCCAAAAGGACAACAGAACAAGCAACGGACAUCCUCUGACCAAUCUGUGAUUUUCUUCAGCUCUUUGUCAACUUCUACAGGGAAUGAGGAUGGUUGGCCAACAGAGACUUCUCACUGUGGCAACCUGCCUGUUGUUCCUAGCAACCCUCUGCCCCACCUCAGAGGCUCGUCGUGGUGGGGGCUUCGGUCGUAGUGGGGGCUUCGGUGGGGGGUGGGGCGGUAGUAGCCGUGGAGGUGGGGGUUACCCUCGUCAAGGUGGAGGCACGGGAUACCGACCAAUGCCAUCCUCGAGCGGACAGGCAUACCGACCAAUGCCUGCCCAGAGUGGAGGCUCCAGCGGCUCCAGUGCGCGGAAUAUGGCAGGUGCUGCUGCUGCUGGUGCCGUGGGGGGAGCAAUGCUGGGCAGUGCCUUGAGUCGUCCUGGCUACGGAGGAGGAUAUGGAGGGUAUGGAGGUGGUUAUGGAGGCUAUGGGGGAGGCUAUGGGGGGUACCCCAGAGCUGGAGGGUAUGGCCCCAGGCCUGGUGGCUAUGAAGGACCAGAGGGCUCUGGGGAUAUGGGGUACUACUAUGGAGCAUCCAGUGGGCCUAUCUAUAACAGCAUCAUCGUCAUCAUUGGGUCGCUAAUGUCCCUGGUGAUGGGGUACUGGGUGGGAGUGAUGUAGAGAUUGAGUGAAGAGAUGGAUGGAGUCACGACUAAAGCCCUCGAGACCCAAACCAAGACCAUGUGUAUACAGUAUAAAUACACUUUUGAGACCCAAACCAAAACUAGACUCUGACCAAGAUCCAGAUCAAGACCUUGGGCAUUGAGUCGCAAACCAAGACUAGGUUGUCAAUGAGAUCAACUAACUGUUUGCACAACAUUGUUUUACAUUUCUUUUUCUUUUCAUGAGACAUUACAUAACGUAAAAUAUCUGGUGUGAUAGUUUACCUUCCAGUCGAGCUCACUACCUCCAUAAAGCAGUAGUACAUGAUUUACUUUUCUUUACCAUGGUUGUUAUCAACAGUUUAAUAUUGACAUGCCGUGGUAACAGUUUACUUAGUUUACUUGAAAGACUCAUGCUAUAACUCAGGUUUCACUGAUUUCAACCCUUGGUAGAAUACAGGCAGCUUUUGGAUGUGGAUUUGUAAAUGCUGUAUAUUGUACUAUUCUAUGAAUUAUAUUUUGUGUCCGUUAUUUUUCGUACUUUAUUGAAUAGGAUGUGAUUUUGGGGGAGUGUAUAAAUGCUAUUAUGAACAGGAUGGUUCGAGCCCUGAAUGCUUAUUGGCUGAAAGCCGUGGUAUAUCACGGGUAUGAUGAAAACAUUUUUCUUUACUGGUCUAAUUACAUUGGUAACCAGUUUAUAAUAGCAAUAAGGCACCUGGCUAAGGGCUGUAUCCAGGAACUCCGAAACUGCCAUUAGCCGUGGUAUAUUGGUCAUAUACCACAACCCCUCGUGUCUUAUUGCUUAGGUAUAAAACACAAUAACUAGUUCCAUGUUCUGUAUUGGUGUCAUUUGAUGAAUCUGAUGUCGUUUUCCUGUGGGGUUAUUACAAUAAAAACAUGGGAGACAGAGA